AUGCUUAGCUUUAUUAUCAUCUAUCUGUUGUACAUCCAAAGCUCAACAAAAUUACCACCUGGACCAAUCAGUUGGCCUUUAAUUGGAUAUAUAUCUUGUUUAGGUACUGAUGUUUUUCGUAAAAUUCAGCAUUUAAAUAAAAUUUAUGGUGAUAUUGUAUCAUUUCAAGUUUUGGGAAAAACAAUAAUCAUAUUGUAUAACUAUGAUUUAAUAAAUGAAGCAGCAAAUGAGAAUCGUUCGAAAGUUGGACGAUAUACAAUGACUGUAAAUGAUUUAUUGGCAGAAAAUUCAGGUAUUUCAAAUUACGACACACCAAAGGCACUGGAAAUAAGAAGGGCUCUUGUACGUCUUGUACAUAAUAAUAUAAAAACAGCUGAAGAACACGAAGGUACUAAAUUGCACCCAAUUAUAUCGCAGAAUAUAAUCAACGCUCAAAUAAAUGAAUUGAUUCGACAGUUGAGAAUAAGACAAGGAAAACCUGUCAAUGUUUUACAAUUGAUGAGAUGCACAGUUUGGAGGAUUAUUUGGAACUUAGUUUUUGGAAAAGAGUGUCAGUUAACUGACAAACAAAUUUCCAAUACUUUAGAUGAUAUUUCAUCGAAUAAUUUACAAAACCAACUUUUUCAAACAAGACAACUAUUACCUAGAUUUUGUGUGAAUAUUUUUAAACAUUCUCAAUUCGCUAGAAAAUUAUUCGAAAUUGAAGGAAUAUUACAGAAACACAAGACUGUACGACAAUUAAUUGAUAGUAAUGUAGGCGAAACACAUAAUUCGGACUCAUUAUUUGGUCAAUUAAUCAAUGAUUCAAAAUUGAAUUUAACUAAAAAUGAUAUUUCACGUCUUUCAUUUGAAUUUAUGGCUGCUGGUACUGAUACUACUUCUUUAACAUUAACAUGGGCAUGUGAUUAUCUAGCAAGAGCUCCACCGAAAGAAUCAUUGAAACUAAGCUCAGACGUUAUUGAUAUGAUUCAUCGUUGGGCUAGUGUAGUUCCUCUAUCAUUACCUCAUAUAGUACGUGAAUCUUUUAAGCUCAAAAAUUAUUAUAUACCGAAAUCAUCAAUUUUAAUAUAUAAUCUUUAUGCUGUACAUAAUAGUCAGUUAAAAAAAUUGAUUAAUACUGGACAAAAAUCGGAUGAAAUCCAAGAAAGUGAUAAGCCAAUACCAUUUUCACUUGGUUCUAGAUCAUGUCCUGGUGCUCGUAUAGCUACUAUAAUAAUUGAACAAAUUUUAACAGCUAUUAAUCAAGAAUUUCUUAUUCAAAAUAUUACUCAAUCACCAUUUGAAACAAUUAGUCCAGGAAAUCAAGAAAGUUUAACACCUUUUGGAAUUACACGUACUCCACAUAAAUCUAUGUAUAUAUUUGUUACAAAAUUAAAUGGAACUAGAAGAACAAGUAUUUAA